AUGAAUCUGCGAUUUGCAGCUCGCAUCCGUUUUUUUUUUUACGCCUUUGCCUCUCAGUCCCUCACAGUGGAUAAAAUCCGUAACGUUAACUACAUAAGUCGGUCCAAUUCGGCUCCAUUGUCGUCAUCGAUCCUGCCAUCUCAUCUCGCUACCUUAAUCUCAUCAAGCUCAAACCAACUUCAUAUAUACCCGCGAUUCCCCGUGAAAUUUGCUAUUCUUCUUUUAUCCUCCACGAGAAACUACUACAUAAGUUUAGUUGCCAAUAGACAAGCACUAUCGUACGCAGCAGAAGAUCUCGACUACACGAUUUCGUCUCUACACUAUCCCCUAAGACAGACCAAGGUUCUCCUAUCACCUCUAAAUUUUUAA